GGUCGAAGCAAAAGUAAGUUAAUUUGUGGCCAUGAUGUUUCCAGGUGUUUGUAUUUAUGUGGACGGGUUCAUCCCAAGUUAACAAUUCUAGUUUUCUUCGAAAGACUUAGAAUUAUCACUUUUAUAUGUUAUAUAACAACAUUUCAAAACACAUCAAAGCCAACAGAAAACAUGGAAGCAACAAAAAUCCCAGAAGUGAUACUAAACUCAGGGAAAAAGAUGCCAGUCAUAGGCCUUGGAACCGCAUCAGUUCCUCUUCCACCACAUGAAACUCUCACCUCCAUACUUAUUAAUGCCUUUAAGGUUGGCUACAGACAUUUUGAUACUGCUUCUUUGUAUGGAAGUGAAGAGCCUGUAGGCAAAGCUGUGGAAAAGGCUUUGGAGCUAGGCCUUGUAAAGAGCAGAGAUGAAGUAUUCAUCACUUCAAAACUAUGGUCAUCUGAUGCUCACCCUGACCUUGUUGUUCCAGCUCUCAAGACCUCACUGCAGAAGUUGGGGUUGCAGUAUGUAGAUCUGUAUUUGAUUCAUUGGCCACUGAGGUUUAAACCUGAAGCCAGAGGGCAAGCUGAUAUAUUAAAGGAGAAUGUGAUGCCCUCCUUUGACAUGAAAGGAAUAUGGGAAGCUAUGGAAGAAUGUUACAGAUUAGGCUUAGCAAAGUCUGUUGGUGUCAGCAAUUUUGGCAUAAAAAAGCUCAACCAGCUCUUGGAAAAUGCAACCAUUCCUCCUGCUGUCAAUCAGGUGGAAAUGAGUCCCUCAUGGCAGCAGGGUAAACUCAGAGAAUUUUGCAAACAG